AAUGAGCCGAGGAGAAGGUUCCGUGACCACAAACGUUCUCCUUCGCAAGCUCCCUCUCUUUCUCUCUCCUCCUCCUCCUCCUCCUCCUCUUCCUCUUCCUCUUCCGCUUGCGAAUCUCCAUUGCUUUGCUCGUUGAUAUCAUCGCUCUCCAAUUGCGAUGAUGGAUCUGGGGCUGGGGAGGCUCACGGCGCGGAUCCCGCUCCGUCCUCGCUGCUCCCGCGACGACUCUCGAUCUCCCAAGAACGGGAAAAACGACGAUGGCGAGAGAUUGUCUACGGAUUGGGACAAGGCUUGGUCGAAUUUCAGGAAGAAGGGCAAGAAAACCCUGUUCUCACAGUUCAAGCCUGACAAGUACGUGAGCUGGAACCCGCGGCGCACCGAAUACCCAUUGUCUGAAGAAAUCGACCCCAUCAAAAGAACAGAGAGGUCCAACCUCAUGUUGUGGACGAGUCCGAAAUUCACUCUGGGAGCUGUUAUGUAUUAAAGAACUGAGUGAUGAUUAUAUUAUCUGUUGUCUUCAAUGAUCCAUUCAAACAGGUAACCCUACCUAGUUAUAAAGUUAUUUGGUAGUUGUUGCAUACUUUUCAAACCUUUAUUACUGCACCAUCACCUUGAGGCAAAAGAAAAACACAUGAGCUUCAUAGUCUAGGGGAAAGAAGAGACUUUGAAUCACCUAGGUUUGAGACUUUUUGGGAUGUUUCUAAUUUGACUAGUUUCUUGUAGUUUGUUUACUCUUACAUCAAGAAUAGGCUUCUUAUAGAUUUGUUCACACUUGUGUACCUCUUUUCAUGUGACAGUUCACCUGUAUGAUAUUAAUUAAGCAUCUUGCUUGGGAGGCACUCUAGAACUAGCUUGCUUUUUUUGUUUUCACCAUGAAUUCCUAUAUACUUUUCUCUCUUUUUAGUUGGUGAAAUUUGAGGUUGGAUAAUUCUUUUA